CAAUUUGGAAAUAAUUUUGUAGUUUUUUCUCCUUUUUAACUACUACAAUGAUUACCUCAAGUAGAAAAUUGAUUUUGAUGCUUGUUGUUUGUCUCGUCAUCACUGCAAAUGCAAAGAAGAACGACGACAAUAAAGAAAAACCGGCUUGGGCGAAGAAAAAGCUAACAGACUAUUCAGAUGCCGAUAUGGAACGAUUGUUAGAUCAAUGGAAUGAAGAUGACGAUGAUGGUGAUCCAGAUGACGAUACACCGGAGCAUUUGCGACCCGCACCACAAAUUGACUUAUCAAACAUGGACACCAGCAAUCCAGAGAAUCUACUGAAAGUGUCAAAAAAGGGCAGAACCGUCAUGGCUUUUGUCACUGUAUCACGCAAUCCAAAUCGUCAAGAGAGUGAAGAAAUCACCAAAGUUUGGCAAACAAGCCUUUGGAAUGCAAACAUCCAAGCUGAAAAAUACAUGAUUGACGAUAACAGGGCUAUAUUCAUGUUCAAAGACGGCAGUCAAUCGUGGGAAGCCAAAGAUUAUCUCAUUGAGCAGGAGAGAUGUGAUUCCGUCUCAAUUGAAAAUAAAGUGUACAGUGGGAAGGGAAAUGUAAAAUCCACAAAAGAUGAACUGUGAACUAUCAGAGGCCGCAGAAGAUAUUUGCAUAAAAAAUUGUAUUUUCACAUGAAACGAAUAACUUGUUCAAAAUCAUUCAAAUCAAGUCUCCAAACAAGUCAUCAACUUCAACAUUAAUAACAUUUCAAAGCACGAACAAUUAAUGUAAAGGGUUUAAUAAAUCAACAAAAUGAAUUUA